AUGUAUGUGUUUUUUUCCCUUCUCUUUACCCUGUACUUCACUUCCACCUUCACCAAUGCAGCAACAUUUGAUAUCACAAACCGAUGUCCCUACACCGUCUGGGCAGCUGCCUCCCCCGGUGGAGGCAGGCGACUCGACCAAGGCCAGACCUGGAACAUCAAUGUGAACCCUGGCACGAUCCAGGCUCGUAUUUGGGGCCGAACCAAUUGCAACUUUGAUGCUAAUGGCCAAGGCAAAUGCGAUACCGGUGACUGUGGUCGCCUUGAAUGCCAAGGCUAUGGCUCACCCCCAAACACCUUAGCUGAAUUUGCCUUAAACCAACCUAACAACUUGGACUAUGUCGUCUCAAAAAUCUCAUCUCUUAAAUCUUUCAAUUACAUGUUUUCGACCACUUUUGAUGUCCGAAACAACUGUCCCUACACAGUUUGGGCAGCAGCCGUGCCCGGUGGCGGCCAGAGGCUUGACAAAGGCCAAACAUGGCAAAUCAACGUCCCUGCCGGCACGAAACAAGCCCGUAUCUGGCCUCGAACCAACUGCAACUUCGACGGGGCCGGUCGGGGCAGCUGUCAAACCGGUGACUGCAAUGGCCUCCUACAAUGCCAAGGUUUUGGUGUACCACCAAACACAUUGGCUGAGUAUGCCUUGAAUCAAUUCAAUAACCUAGACUUCUUCGACAUAUCGCUAGUUGACGGGUUCAACGUUCCACUCGAAUUUAGCCCUACCUCCGGUGGGUGCAAAGGCAUCCGGUGCACCGCCGAUAUCAACGGGCAGUGUCCGAAUGAGCUAAAGGCUCCCGGCGGGUGUAAUAACCCUUGUACUGUGUUCAAGACCGAUCAGUAUUGUUGCAACUCCGGCAACUGUGGACCCACCGACNCCGGUGCACCGCCGAUAUCAACGGGCAGUGUCCGAAUGAGCUAA